AUGUUCCUAAGAACGUUCUUCUCCAGUUUCAAAUACAGCGUUGAGAGAGUGACGUCGUCUCGUCUCGGUCAGUCCGAUGACGUCGUACUUGAUCUUCUUGGCUUGCACCAUCAGAUCUUCGUGGCCGCUUCCGAUGCAAGCUCGCACUUCAGCAAUUUCAGAUAUGCUUGUAUUGUUGCUGCUGCUGAAGCUUUCGAAGUGGACGUUGUUGUUGUCCUUGACCAUGAACGGCUAUAUAACGAAUUACAGCGGGAUUUGCCGACUUUUGUUAAAAUACUACACCAACCAAAAUCUGGUGGAGUUGAGACGCGCUCGCGCCAAUCAAGGAUAGCAGCACGAAGCGCUUCUAUCCAUCGGUACUUCUACGGCGUCCACUCUAAUCCUUAUUUCCCUUUCACCUUUGAAUUGAACUUCUCUGAAGUGAUAUUCUGCAAGAUUGGUACAGAAAAAGUACCCGAAUCAUGUCUACCAUUCGGCUCAAAGGUCGAGGACCAUCAAACCAAGGUUGUCCCUAUAAAUCCGUCCACUGAUAUGGCUCAUAGGAUGUUUGCUGUCACUCCGUGCCCCACUGUCUCCCAAGCUGUUCUCAAAGCAAGCGUUUUAGGAUUUGUUGUAAUUACCGAGAUCAAUAUGGAAGAUAAACGUAUGAGCUUAUUAUGUCCACAGAGUUCAUUAAGCCACAAAGGAGAAGUUAGCGUGUUACUGAAUCUUUUGAAGGGCCUCGCGAAAAAUUUGAUCAGACACUCGUCAAUGUCUUUGUGUGCCAUUAACAAGGAUAAUAUUCGCUCGGUUAAGAAUCUUCAUGCUGGUGUAUUUCCUGUUCAGUAUUCUGAUGCUUUUUUCGAGAAGGUUUCCAACAAUGAUUUAUGCGCUGCCCUAAUGGUGAACGGUGAUUGUAUCGGUGUAGUCUGCUGCACACUUGAAAUUGUCAGCUGUACAAAGACUCUCUAUAUAAUGUCACUUGCAGUUCAUCCACUAUACCGCUGCCGAGGAAUCGGAGCUAAACUCCUUGAUUUCGCGACAAGCAAGGCAGAGAAUCAUCAUGUAAAAUUAAUAAGGCUUCACGUGCAGGUCAGCAACGGAAGCGCAAUUCAGUUCUACGAAAAGCGAGGUUUCACGAUAGUGGAAGCCACGAAAAAUUACUACAACCGAUGCAUUCCUGCCGAUGCGUAUGUCAUGCAGAAACAACUUGUAUGA